ACGUGCUAAACAAUUAAGUUCAACGGAUGGUGACGUGAUUUUUAAGUUAUAAGUGACGUAUUAAGUUAUAAUGAUCAUCAUUUAUAUAGAUAUCUUACUUCUUAUCAUCUUGCUAGCUCUUAUCCUGUUCACGUGUGGUUACUCGGUGUACAGAGUUCAUAGGCUACAACAGAACGGACAGGUGGCAAUUUUACUGAAACCAACAAGGGUAUUAUUUUCGCACAAGAAAGAAGGAGAGUCUACAGAAGAAUUACGAACUGUGGUGGCGUACCAAAAUCCUUUUACCGGGGACUAUUGUGUCCACAAGAGUCGUGCCGGACCAAAAGGCUACAUGAAUGCAACACCCGUACCAGAUUCACCGGACAGCGGAGUAUCGGAUGAAUAUGAACCAAUUAAUCUUGGUCCACAAAUCGAACAAGACAUGGUUGAGGAAAUCGGACAAGGUCUGAAGUUUCAGGAACCUCAGAAACCAAUGAAUCAAAGCGGAGACAACAGCGUCAACAAAACAUGGAACUGGAACUACACGGAGUAUCAAAUAUAAAAUAUAUAAAUGUAAAAAUAAAUAUUUAUCUCACCCUGGGUUUCCACUGUUGAAAGUCAUGUACAAAAACAUAUUAUCAUCACUUUCAUUCGUCUUGGAGCA